AUCCUUCAAAAACCAACUCCAGAACUAAAGCAUCAGUUGGCCUCUCUCUCCAAGCGGGUUGCUGGUGCUGUUACAGAGCUCAUCCAAUCAGCAGAAGCAAUGAAAGGGACAGAGUGGGUGGAUCCAGAAGACCCAACAGUCAUUGCAGAGACAGAGCUACUAGGAGCUGCAGCAUCAAUUGAGGCUGCAGCAAAGAAGUUAGAGCAGCUGAAACCAAGAGCCAAGCCAAAGCAAGCAGAUGAGACUCUGGAUUUCGAAGAACAGAUCCUGGAAGCAGCUAAAUCCAUUGCAGCUGCUACCAGUGCCCUCGUGAAGUCAGCUUCAGCAGCCCAGAGAGAACUGGUGGCACAGGGAAAGGUUGGAGCAAUCCCUGCAAAUGCAGCUGAUGAUGGACAGUGGUCUCAGGGACUUAUUUCUGCUGCGCGAAUGGUGGCAGCUGCAACCAGCAAUCUCUGUGAAGCAGCUAAUGCCUCAGUACAAGGCCACGCUAGCGAGGAGAAGCUCAUCUCAUCUGCCAAACAAGUGGCAGCUUCUACAGCACAGUUGCUUGUGGCUUGCAAAGUGAAGGCGGAUCAUGACUCUGAAGCCAUGAGGAGGCUACAG